GCCAGCCCCAGCCCCAACCUACCUGCCAGGUAACACUGUCUGCUCUCCAGUCCACCAGUCAGGAUGUCGGGUCCAACGUCCGAGACUCAGUUCCAGAGGAACAGCAGCCAGACCCCUUCCCCGGGUCUUAUCCAUAGACUUGACCACGUUGUGAUGACCGUAAGGAGCAUUGAAGACACUAUCACGUUCUAUUCCAAGAUCCUGGGCAUGGAGGUCACUACCUUCAAGGGAGACCGGAAGGCAUUGUGUUUUGGAGAUCAAAAAUUUAACUUACAUGAGGUGGGAAAGGAAUUUGAGCCCAAAGCAGCUCACCCGAUUCCGGGCUCCCUGGAUCUUUGUCUGAUCACAGAAGCACCUUUGGAGGAGGUGAUCCGGCACCUCAAGGCUUUCGAUAUCCCCAUUGAGGAGGGCCCAGUCCCCAGAACAGGAGCAAAAGGGCCGAUUAUGUCCAUCUACUUCCGCGAUCCUGACAGAAAUCUCAUUGAGGUGUCCAACUAUGUCACCUCCUGAUUGACACCUACCUUCCUUCAUUCUGUUCCACAAGAUGUCAUCUUAUCCCUCAUUUCCUGCAAAUCCCAGAGACCUCCAAGAACUGAGAAGGUUGGCACAUCACCGAUCCUGCAAAGGAGACCUAAGACAGGUUUAUGUCCAAACUUUUGUGUCUAGAGUGCCUCCACCUAAAGCUAUUCCAAUAAAUGAUUACUCUGUCCACAUAAGUGUGUCGUUCUCGGUCCUGCAUCUGGAGCCUUGUCUAGGGCAUGAGUUCUCUGAGGUUUUUGGAGGGCUGGGCUAGAGUUUGGUGUCCUGAGGUUCAAGGCCCAUGACAGAUUUCUGCUUGUCAAUGAUCCAUCAUCCCUCUCCCAGCUCUUCAAUCCAUCCCAUUUCUCUAGCUGCUUCCUGGUGUUUCAUUGAGCUUCAGGAUCUCUACAGUUCCUACCAGGCUACCC